ACUGUAAGUGGGAAUAUGGUAUUUGUUCCCUAUUUAUGGAUUUGGUGUCAGCCUUCUUCCUGGCUUGGGGUGUUAAUGGACCUGCAUGGAAAGAAAAGGAGCAGGAGGGAUCACUGCAGACACCGUAGUUAAAAUUGAGAUUGUGAAGAAGUUUUUAAUAAGGACAAAUAGAAUUUUAAUUUUUAUUCUCAAAGUUUUGACCCUUUGAAUGCUUCAAGCGCACUGGAAAUCAGUCAUUCAAUUCCUGUACUGAAGAGUAGGGAUGAAAAUCCCAUUUUACCCUGUAGUUCUUUCUAGGAGCUUUAAACUGAUGCCAUCUUAACCUGAGGAGAGCUUUAACUGUUAGCCUGAGAGGAAGAUCUCAAAUAAGGUCUUGAAAAGCUUUAGCAGAGGAAAUCUCUGCUUUAUGAGACAGUUUAGAAAAGGGAGUCAGAGCAGUGGAAAUGUUGAAGGCUCUUACCCUGCUGGUGGACUGGAAUCCAGUCUGUCUCACAAUGAAAACGUGUUUACGCAAACAGUGUGUCAAUAAAAGACUAAGCACCAUCACGGGAACUCUCCCAGCCUGGUAGUUAAGUUGUUCUGGGAAGGGCUGAGGGCGGAUUCAUACGUAUUUAGGCAGAGGGAAUUGGAUUGUGCUCUCCAGCUUUCUGGGUGAGUAAACAAACUCCUAAGCUACUCUAUAAAAGACAUAAUGUCACCAGUUUGGUGACUAGUUCCUCAGUGUGGUUUUUUCCAGCUGAGACUGGCAAGUUUGACCCUGUUUCAGUGUUUCUGGAAUGGCUGCAAUUUGCUUAUUUUGGUAAACUUUUUACAAAAAAAAAAAAAAAAAAAAAAAAAAACAAAACCUCUUUCCUGCUACAGAACAAGAAUGAUUUUUUUUUUCUUCCCUGUAGUUAUUAAAACAAAUCCAGCAAAGAAAAGUGAGAAAAUUGAUUAUCCAGUUUUUCUGGAUUGGAAACAGGUUUUUUUCUCAUAGGUGUUUGUUGUUACCAAUGAAAGAGUGAAUAUUCUGUAAGAUAGGAAAAAUCCUUUAUCAUCCUGGGCAAGUUUGGUUCAUUGCCAUAUCUCAUUUAUCAUCUUACUCCAAACUUUUCCAAAGUCCACAGUAUCUUCUUUAUUGUAUACACAUUGUCAUAAAAAAACCCAAACAAACCUAAACCUACUUACAAUCCUAUUUUCCUCAUUCCUGAAACCUCCUAACCUGGUUGACUCGUUGGAGUGCAUUUCAUGCAUUCUUAGCAGAUAGGCUGAAGGAAACGCCUCGUUCAGUGCAGCUGGAGGCUAGAAAGUGUGGGGAGUUCAUGAACGUGCCUUGUCUUCUGCUGCAGUCGCUGCAGUGCACACAGAGCUGGCCAGGCCCAGAAAGGAUCCCAACCUGCUGGACACAACAUGAGUGUCCCACAUCUGGAAAAUCUGACUGACAGUGAGAUAAGGUGAAGCAACUAAUUAUUCUUAGAAGUCUUUUUGUUUUGGAGAUCUGUGCUGGCAGUGAUUAAGGGACUGUUGGUCAUUGAAAAUGGAAGAAACAAGGAAGCUUUCCCCGAAGCUGAGUAAAAUCAAAGAGCCUGUGAAAACAGAAUGGGGAUCUCAGAGUGUGGUGUUCACCUAUUUCCAAGGGGACAUUAACAGCAUGGUAGAUGAACAUUUUUCUAGAGCUCUCAGCAAUGUCAAGAACCCCCAAGACCUGAGCACAAAGCACAAGGGUGAGACUGUUGUCCUGAAAACCGACAGCAUGUCUCCCCAUCAGUGGAAUUUUUCUUCGCAUUGCUACAAACCAUAUCCAUCAUCUUCUUCAACAAGCAUGGCAGCUUCUACUCUGAAUUUUUCUACUGCUGGUAUGGUAGGCCAGUGCCAGCCAUCGUCUCUGCGGAGUCGUCCAGCUCAACCUGCAGAUUUAUGGCCCUUCCCUCCAACUGGGACUCCCAGUGCCACCGGUUCAGUGUAUCCUCACACCCUCCCUGACCUGCAUGCAGCCGAUGAGCUGGUCUCUGACAGGAAAUACAGUUCUCUUCUUGGCCUUCUGCAACAGGAAAGGUGCUUAACAUCCAUGCAAGAAUGCACCAUGAAGCAACACUCAAGUUCUGCUUGUAUGACUGGACCUGCAAGGUUACAAAAUAUGAGUCAAAGUUCAGCUCCUGGGGGAGAGAGGAAAGCAAGCUCUUACCAAGGCUCAGAAAAUCCCAGUGUAAGCCAUGCCACUGAAGGUAUUCAGAUUCAUGACAGAAGACGAGAUUUGUACUUCUAGCAACUGAAUGUUUCUACUUUGUUCUGAAAAAGAAAGUUAUUUCUGUGAACUUUUAUUAUUUGCAACUGUGAAUCAAGAAGAAAUUAACUGCAGCUAUCCUGUAUUUUUUCUCUCAGCUGGAAGAAUACAUGUACUAUUUACUGUUUGGGGAAUGACAAAAUAAUCCUUUUCUAUACAGUAAAUAAUUUCUAAUGUUUGUGGUA